ACAAGAACGAAGAUAUUGGGUUUAAUUUUGAAUCAUAUUUGGGAGGAUUGGACUAUAGUUAGGUCCUUUUACGGUACCGUUUCUCUUUUAUGCAAUAAAGUUUAAAUAAAGAACGCUGUGAUGGAAAGCAAGAUGGCAGCGAUAGUGCGCGUGAAACAGGAGCCCGAAUCGGAGGACGAGGCGCCAUGCGAGUUACAGAUGGACGGACACAUUAAGGUAGAAAUAGAGCUUGAACCACUGUAUGUGAAGAUCGAGCCUUCAUGCCCUGAAAGAACGCGCAGUGAGCAAGUGUCCGGGCUGAUUGACCGUGAGAUAAAAGAUAAACCUUUGCUAGGACCAGAAGAGUUGCAACCACAGCAUGUGAAGACCGAGCCAUCUUGGUCUGACAGAACGAGCAGCGAGCGAGUGUCUCCGCUGUAUGCCAACCAUGAAAUUAAAGAUGAGCUUGUGCUGGGACCGGAAGAGGUGCAACCAAAAACAAUAGAAGACGCUGAAUCAAAGUCAAUAACUGUGAAGAAGAAGAAUAGGAAAGAUAUAAAACACAAGGAACUCAAGCAAGCAGAACCUAGUUCUUCUGACAUUCAAAAGCCAUACUCAUGCAAAAUAUGCAAAAAGCAAUUCAAGGAAAAAUAUUAUUUAAACAAACAUAGAAUAGUACAUACAAAUGAAAAGAGCUUUUCAUGCGAUGUGUGCAACAAACAGUUUUCUCGAUCGUAUACUUUAAGUACUCAUAAAAAAAUCCACAGUGGCGACAAACCGUACUCAUGCGACAUAUGCAAAAAAACUUUCAAACUAAAGUAUUAUCUAAACAAACAUAAAAUCAUUCAUACCGGUAAGAAGAACUUUAAAUGCGACGUAUGUAACAAAGUGUUUUCGCGUUCGUUUAAUUUAACUACGCAUAUGCGAAGCCAUAAAGGUGAAAUGACAUACACAUGCGAUAUAUGCAAAAAGCAGUUUAUGAAAAAAGAUAAAUUGGAAAAUCACAUAAAAAACGCGUGCAAAAUUGCGGUCGAGAAACGCUUCUCAUGCGAAAUAUGUAACAAGAAGUUUACACGUUCGACGACUUUAACUAUUCAUAAAAGAAUCCACAAUGGCGAAAAGCCGUACACAUGCGAUAUAUGUAAGAAGCAAUUUGUCCAUUUCAGUGCUUACUUAUGUCAUAAACGAUUCCAUACUGGUGAGAAGCCUUUCCCGUGCGAAGUAUGUAAAAAACGGUUUAGAUAUUUGGGUGAUUUGGUUAAACAUCGUCGAAUACAUUCAAAUGAAAAACCUUUUUCGUGCGAAGUAUGCAAGAAAGAGUUUAAACGUUCGUCUACGUUAACCAAUCAUAAGCGUAUUCAUACGGGUGAGAAGCCGUACGAGUGUGAAAUUUGUCAAAAGCGGUUUGUACAGUUGGGACAGUUGAGCGCUCAUAAACGCGUUCAUAGCGACGUGAAACCACACUCAUGCAACGUAUGUAAUAGACAAUUUGGACAGUUGAUCCAAUUGAAAAGACAUAGAAUAACUUACGACCACGUGGAAGAUAAAUAAUUUAUCUUCAAUUUUAUUAUACAAAAGCAAAGAAAAGUAAGAGAUUGUUCUUUAGCGAUAAGGCCGUCUGUUGUUUACCUCUAUCUUUAUGUGUGUUCCCUUAUAUUUAUUGUAGGGUAUUGCAAUUAAGAGUUUUGGUAUUGUAUUAGUUGACUUAUGUCUUAUUGACUUAGUUAUCUUGGCGCACUCGGCUUACGGCUGUCAGUCAGCAGUCAUUUAAGACAAAGUUUAGUAACCGAGUCAUGCGUAAAAGAGAGACAACGUUAUCCGUUGUCAAACAUUGGUUUUAUUACUCUGCUCAAAGUAAGUUUAAAGUUGCCGCCAUUGGGUUACCGAAGAUCUUAGCGAUAACUGUGAUAUAGAGAGGGAACGUAGGUCGCUGGCCGUGCGGUGCAUGCUUACCCGCAGGUUUUCAUGUUGCAAACACGCAGUUAAAGUAACGCUUUUCAAAGCUUACUGUCAGUCUUUCUACACUUGCAGCCUGUGGGGUAGCUAUACGCAGCGGGCGUA